AUGUCGCAGAACAGUCCGUCUCCCUAUCGGCAGCCCCUAUCAUCCUCCUCCUCUCGGCAGUCUCUUCGCAAAGAAGUGCUCUCGAGACCAGAAACAGCCCCAAGGCCAAGUGAUCGACAGGCAAGAGGGACACCCGAGAGCCGUCCAUCCAUAGACGAAACUCCCCCGCAAGAGAUCAUCACCACCCCGAGCUAUGAUGGAGCCAUUGAUAGUACCGAAGAAUCCGAAGUCCAGGAACAACACCCGUCCAACCCCACAUUCCAACCCUUCUUCACGCUAGUCGAAGACGCCCAUACAUCGGACUACUACCACCCCAACGUCCACUACAUAUUCUCCGACGAUGACACGGACAUCGUAACCGAAGCAGCUCUGCGCAGCUUAACUGCUCAACAAGAUGCCCUCUCGGAAUCCAAGAAAGACCAAAUCUCACAACCCCACGCAUCCAAUCCCCACGAGACAAAAGACCCCUCAGAUCCAGAAGCUGACCCGGAGAAGACCACACUGCUUCCACCACCGGUACCAGGGGUCCGGGAAAACUACCUCAUUCUAGACAUGGAGCCCGUUCCGCCUACAAAUAACACAGCACAGAAGCAAACAGACCCACCAAAGGGUGGAACAAAGUCCAUGUCAUCAUCACCAGCGAACCCAUCUAUACCCCCACAGGAGGGACAGGCUGGAGCCAGCAAACAUCCUCAGUUCCGUGUGUCAUCCGCACAAAGCUUUUCGUCGUCGUGGCAGGUCCUCGAUACAGAAGUAAUGCCGGCACCAACAUUCGAGAAUAACACUCCCGAAUCACCAGGGCAGGGAGUGAUGUUGAAGAUUCGUGGUACAAGUGGGAUGCCAGUUGAAGUAUCCGGGAAGGAGAAGGGUGCGCAAAGACUGGAGGAAAUGAUGAACCAGUUUGCGAAACGGAUGGGCGAGCUCCAGACUAUCAUUGACGCUGCGGAAGCGGAGACGCAGCAGGAUGAACAAGUGGAACUGGAACACGAUCCUCCUGAGAAUGCAGGCCAAGAUGUGGUACUAGAAGAGGAGGCAUCCUUACGCUUUGAUGAACAACAGUGA